AUGUACACGAUGGCUUCCUUUGAUAUGAACAACCGGAAAAAUCCUCUUCGUCUCAGGACUGAGUCUAACUGUUGGAUUAAAGUCGACUAUGCAAUUUUUCAUCAGACGUCAAAAUUUCAAGGAUUCUUCUUUGUUGUUAUAGGAUGGCCAAUUAGUGGUAUGAUAUUCGAGGGAUACGGCUUAUUUAUGCUUUUCAGUGGGUUUUGGCCAACUCUCUCAAUCUUUCUACAGAGGGUGCCUGUUCUUGGUUGGAUUUUGCAACUGCCGUUUGUGAGAUCGUUGGAGUUUGGGAAUUUAGUUGCAGGUUUUGAUCUCAUUGGUGGAAUAUGGCUUUUGAUAAGAGUGCACAAUACUGAAAUGUUGAAUUUAUAUACAAUUAUUUUCAGUCGGUUUAAAGUGCACGAAGAUACUGUAACUGUGGCAGAAUACAUGGAAAGAGAGAACGUGCCUUCUUGUAGAGUCUUUGAGCUUUGCAGUUCUGAAAUUCUUGUUGCUUUGGUAACUCAAACAAAACCAUUCUAUCUGCACUAUGAGACGCUUAUCAGAAAGUUUCUUGACAGGUCCCGGGAGGACAUUGAAAGGCGUAAAAAGGAAGUUUUGCUAUACAAUAUGGAGUUAGCAAAUGGAGGAAGUAGUUUAAGCGCACAGUAUGUUGUUGGGAAGCUUGUAGGGACAAACCACUAUGUACUGGAGAAUGUGUAUGGAGGCUUACCUACAAAGUCGAGAUCUAUGCGAAUGAGAAGAUCAGUGAAGCAAGAAUGUGACGGUGAGAGGGACAAUGGAGUCCUGACUGGUGGAUGGAUCUCUCGUUUUAUUUGGACUGCAUCCCCUUUAUUUACAACUAGCAUCUCACGAAAGGACCAUAGAGCAAAGUAA